AUGACCGUGACUUACGUCACCGUACAACCGUAGUAGUGAAUAUGGUGUAAAAGAUGAGAUUGUAUGCUUGACAUCAGCUUCUGCUUGAAAUGGCUGUCUGUUCAUUGUCACCUCAUCAUAUGGACCUGUACAGUGACAUGAGAGGGCUUUUUCCUGAGCUACCAGACGACAUCAUAAAGUCCUACGUCCAGUUGUUUCCCCGCAAUCGUGAAGAGUGUAUCAGCCAGCUUACACGAGCCAGCCACGAACAGCUCUACAGCCACCAUGACUCUGAGGAAGUUGUGCCCGGUCGCGAGCUUCAUCUUCCAAGCACCAUCAACAGCAGCGUACUGGAGCCUCUCCCACCGCCGUUUACUGUGGAUGAGGCCGAUCUCCCUCCUCCUUACCCGGGAGUGUUGUCGCCCGUCACGGACGUUAUGCCUCAGUCCACGACUGUCUCCGCUACAGUUCCCGCUUUUGUGAACUCUCCUUCCUCGCACCAUCAAGUGUCCACCUUGUAUAUUCCGCCACGUGCAGACACGUUGGGCCGCCACUCACCGCAGCAGCUGCAGGAGGUGUCGACGUGCAACGUGCAGUUAGCCAGAGGGAACGUCAACCAGAGAUCACCGUCGCCGCUUCCUCAAUACCAGUCACAGGUCAGCAUCGAUGUUUCCCCUGGUGUAGCAGGACAUAACUAUCAUAGACGAUCGAGUCUCUCCCCGAGUGUUGUCUCCCUCAAUCCCGCAGCAAAGAUGGACGAUAUGGUGCAAGCGCUGCUCGCUGUCCAGCGGCACAGGUACGAGCUACUCCAACGGGUGUAUGGCCAGCAACUGGAACGACUGCACAAACUUAGAGGGGAGGUGGAAGCCAAGGAGGCAGCCCUCAUGCAGAAGAAUCUUCAUGGUGUCAGCAAUAGUCAGAUAGAGGAGUUGAGAGAGCUGAGGAGGGAGAACAGAAAUUUAGACGUGGAGUGUCAUUGUCUGCUGAGUGAAGUGGACAUGUACAACAGAGGGGAAAUUCCGCUUGGUGUCACAGAUGAAGAUUUUUAUAAUCGAAUCAAUCCUGGCCAGACUGGACCAAUAGCACCCCCACCUCCGGUGCAGCUACCCCAGCCCAGGCCUCAACGACCCACGAUGACGUCAACAAGACCAGGAGGGGGUCUCCUGUCUGAAGACGAAGAGAAUGAAGAUGGUAACCGGUGGAAGUGUUCCAAGUGCACAUUCCUCAAUCACCCCGCCCUGGAUAAGUGUGAAGUCUGUGAACUCCCUAACACUGCAGCAUGACAUUUGUGGGGCACUUCAGCGCAUCGCUCUAGAAGAAAGCGGAGUUCCAGAGGAGGUCUGUGUUGGAACUAUGACCUUUGGGUUUCUCUAGAACCUCUUUUCUUUUACCUUAUGCAUUUCUCAAAGUAUUAAUGCAGGAGCAUGUGGCGUGCCGACGUACAAGCCACAGACUUUCUGAUAGGACUGACUGGGCAUCGACAUGAAGUGGCCAGGGACACGUUAGAAUACAACGAAGGGACACAUUGGAUGCGUGAUUUUUGCAUACUAUGAAUUGUAUUAGCUCUAUACUGAAUCACCCGUGAUUCUCUAUUAUUUAUAAGUGCACCGUACCACACUGCAGAAUAGGCAGUUUCCUAUGUGUACAUGCAACAUUGUUGAGUUCUACGCGUCUAGACUGACGGGCACAAUGUUUUUUUUUUUGUUGUUGUUGGUUUUGUUGCUGAGCAGGUUUGCUCCAGUUUAUCUCAUUGAAUUGCUGUUAUCGCAACAGGAGACUUUAUAGUAAUUUUUUGUUUCCCGUGUUAGAAAUGGAACCAAAGUUGUAGCUGCCCACUCGAAAAAAACUUCUCUUACAGUGUCUCUCUGUGUCGCAAAUGUGCCUUAACUGCAGGACUCUGGAUGUCUGCAAGAUAAUGUAACUGUAGAAUGCCUGGGAUUGUGACACUUUUUGAUACAUGUCGUUCAUCAUGUCAUGCACAUGUUGUACUGCACGGCACACUAUUGAGGAAAAAAUAAUUUUCUACAUGCCGUACUUUGCAAGAUAUGGUCACACGUGCGCGUCUGACUUCAGAAUAGUGUGAGCUACGACCAUUCCCAUUGAUUGGCGAAAGUAUGUGGCCUCCCUCUCAUGAUGCCUCACCGCCACGUACGCCAGCGGCGGUGUCGGAGCCAGUUUAGUUUCAGUAUUCGCGUGGCUGACCUUGUACGCGUCUAAUUACCCGUUUUGCCUCAAAACUUGUAAUGCAGGCUCACGUUGAAGCAAAUAUAGUUGUGUGUAUUUCACAUUCAUUUGGGACCAAGUGCCGCAACCACAACUCUCUUUACAGCUGUGUGUUAGCAGACCAUGAAUAUGUUUACUUUUAUGUUUUAUUGAAUACAGCGAAACCCGCGUAUAACGAUAUUGACGGUAAUCGCGAACUCCAUCGUUAUACGGGAUACAUCGUUAAACGAGGGAUCACGUAAAUAGCGCGUCCUCGAAGAGUCGCGCGUCACCCCGCGUGUAGCAAAAGAAAAAGAAACAGAUGCUUAAAGGGACUGUCGCAUCCGGAACCGUGGUUACGAAUCCAAUACCAACGUGUUCGGUACACUACCACCGAGCUAUUUGCCAAAUUUUCUCCUUCCAAAACGGACCGGGCGAUGAGGAAUCGAAUUUAAAAGAUCCGGUUUUGUUUUGAUCCUCGAAAGCGCCAGCGCCAACAACAUCGCGUGACGCAAGGUGGAAUCUGGCUAAUCCGCUUUGAAGGACGCUGUCGUCUGCCGCCAAGUCUGGGACUGCUUUGUUUAUUUCCGGCACAUCGCCCGUAUUCACAUGUGACACUUUCUAGUAACGCGGAUACUAUCUCUACGCUUGCAUCCUUCGCGUGAGAUGUCGUUUCGAAACCGACGCAGCGUUCCUGACUCCAGGAAAACUUCCUUCGAAAACCUCGAUGAUUUCGCACGCCAAGGAUACAGCUACAGCCAGACCCCAGACGAAGCGAAAGUUGGAAGCAGCUACAUCACUAGCGGGUAUCCAGAUGAAGCAAGGAGUAUUCAUGCUGUCCGUGUAUGCUCCUCGCAUUUCACCGAUAAUGUGUACCUGGAUGAGAACAUCGUGCAAGUGCAACUUGGAUUGACACAAAAAAGGAACGAAUUGAAACUUGACGCCGUUCCGACAGUGUUCCACGAACAAAGCGAGCCAGCAACUUCGACAGUAAGUCACAAUGUCUAUGUAGUUUCCCAAUCGGAUCUGUCACUCUUGCGCGUGAGUAACUUAGCAGCAAAAGACUAAAUCGGUACAACGUAAGGUAUCCCCUAACCUAUGAAUAAUAACUAGAUAAGUAAAAUACAAUAAACAAGUAAAAGAACAUGAUGUCAUUCAUAUGAACGUGUUGGCUUUUCUCGUUGUCGGACGCGUUAUCAUGAAACUUUCCCUGUUACGGAACCUGUGACUUUUGUGGAAUGUGGUAGACAUGAUCGGUUUUCAUGUGUAUUACAGCUGCAGGCAGCUCGACAGGGUCAAGCGCAAGUGGUACGUAUAUUACUUAAAUAAUAUUAUGUGUUUACAAUUUUUGGACACAGAACAAUUCGCAAACUAUGAACCCCGAAGGAAGAACUGACGCUGUUUGUGUGCUGGUGUUAGAAACAUGCACUAUAUACAAACAGUACCUCUGUCCGUAACAUAAGCGCCAUAAACCACUUCCCAGUUUCCUUUUAUCUCUCUGUUUGUGAACUGUUUGUGUGCUGUAGGGCGACGGUUUUUGCUGUUGUCGUAGCCAACUUGAGAUGCACUUUUGACGUUCUGUGUUAUAGAAGGACCAGGUGCUGCUGAUCCAAGUCCCAUCCAUCCAUGAAACGGCAUCAAACAAUGUACGUGUGUGCACGGCAAUUUUGCUGAGAGACCUGGUUUUUACACUAAUGCCUUUACGAUGCCUCUGACAAAUUAGGAUCUUCCAGAACAGUGCUUUCUUCAUCCAAGUUCAAGAAGUAAAGAGAAUGACUUCAUGGCUUCUACUGACAUCUCACAGCUACAUGCCAAGACAAAAUAACUUGAAAACAGGAAAUGAAAAGAAAAAAAAAGGUCCGUUUCAGGUCCACCCAAAUCUUUGUGCAGUGGCUGACAACAACGUUAUUGUGAGAUGAUGAAUGAUGCUGAUGCGGCGUUGAGACUAAGCCCUUGUUUCCUUUUUUGCAAUGCUAUACAUUACUGCUGGUUAAAUGUAAAAUGAUGCACCUACCUCCAGACAUUAAAGGGGCUACCAGAGAUGUAGUGUCAAUUCAACAGAAAAGCUGCAUCUUCUACGAGGCACUGUCACGUAAGCAGUGGCCAAAUUUGCUAUCCUGUGAGCUUUGAUAGGAUAUGCCGUAGAUAGUAAGAGGCCUCUUACUGUAAAAGGGAGGUGCAUUAUUCGAGUAGUGGGGUCUGAGGCAUGAGGGUCAUUUCAAAAUGUACUAACCCUUCCAAAAUUUUACACUUAGCUGUGCCCAGAGAUCGAUCCAGAUCCCCCCCCCCCCCCCCCCCAACACCCUGAGUUUUUUUCCUGUGUACCACUGUUAUAAUGAAACCGUCCAAUUUACUGUCCAACCGUCCCGUUUUCAUUGCAAUUGAAGUACUUACGAAACUGUUUAUUUUAUUUUUUAUUUUUGUGACUCCCCGCUUCAGAUCCCAAGGGACAUUGCCAGUGUGGUGCACGCUGAUAACUGUCUGUGCAUAGCAAAUAAUAAAUAUCUGUGUGUGAAGAGUUGGAUGUGGACUUGUGCGAUGGCUCUUGAAUGGACAACACUCAGUCAACACAAAGAUUUAUUCACAUUUGCGUAACUUAUUGCCUGUCAUUAUAAUAAUAAUUAUUAUAAUACAUAGACAAGAGGUAAUGCUCUGCCAAGGAUCUCUGAAGUUAGUCUUGAAAGCUGUUUUCAAAACAGUGGUGCUAAAAAAAUUGGAUCAAUGGCAGGUAUCAAAAUUUGUUUUGCUGUAUCAAGGCAGAACAAUCUUCUGUGGGAAUGACAAAUUGUGGACAUUCCCAGACAGAUGUAUCACUUACAAUGAUAAUGAGGUGUAAGUGUACCAUUAGUGAGUUAUGAAACGUUACCUGAAAUUAUUUGACAUGUUAUAUCCCUCACAUGCUAUAAUACUGCCAAUGAUAAGAAGUAUUACACUACCAUUAAAAGUAUAACUGUCACUUAUUGCUCCUGCCUAUUCCCCUGCACUUCUCGGGAUUACUGUGGUAACACGGAUUCUGUUUCACACUUCUCAAUUGGAAACUACGCAAGUCUAUUAUCGUGUAGGUGUGAACAGGAAAUGAGGCACACAAAAGAUGAUAGUCCUGAUAGGACCGGGAUGGAAAAACGUUGGCGAAUCAUGCGGACGACACACCCAGGUAUCUGUCGUCUCUUUCUCGGUCCAAGGAAUCUCCAAACUCAGCUUGUAAACACACAAUAAGCAGUGAAAAUGACGUAGCUGUAAAAAGAAAGGACACUUUCCUAAACACGUAGCACAGUAAUUUCCUGAUAAUCAUUCUAAUUCUAACCCGGCCCUUGAGUUGCACAGUUGGUUAGAGCCUUCGUAACUUUCAUGGGGCAUUCGUCGUGUGUGCAAACGUCCACGACAACUACGAAAAUAAGGAUUGCUCAACGUGCCUAUCUAUCGUGGGUACAGUAGGCGAAGACUGUGAUCCUCGCUGCAAUACUGCGGUGGAUACACCAACAGAAGUUCUGGCCGAAGACAGAGAGCUGAGAACAAAGUGUGAUGCGUGCUUACACUCUACUUCGCCAUCAUUACACAACUCUGCCACUUCACCAGCACUGCAGCAUAUAGGUACUCAUCCGGUUCCUGGGGAGCACAGACGUCGCACAAACACUUGGAUUGUUUCCUGCGUCGUAGUGAAUGUCACGGGAUUAAGUGUUGAGCACUCCGAUCAUGAACGUACCUAAAGCAGUGGUCCUGAGGCUCCAUGAUAAGGCAAGCCUGAGCGAUGGGCAAGACACGUAAACAAACACAAACACGAAGGCACUUGAGCCUUCGUGUUUGUGUUUGUUUACGUGUCUUGCCCAUCGCUCAGGCUUGCCUUAUCAUGGAAUUUAUCCACCAGCUAGCCUGCAUUUACGCCAUUCUGUCCUGAGGCUCGUUCUGUUGCGCUAACGCAGCUACGGCACGUAUAUCACCAGUUACUUGCAGAAGAAGCGGAUCCGUCGAAUAUGGGCCGUCAUUAAACAUGUAUAUUCGUCACGGGAUCUAUUACUAAAGGCAUUUGAACAGCACGAUGCACCACUUCCGCGUUCCGAGUCCGCCCUCUCCGUAUGUGCCUUCGCCUUUGUCUCCCUGACCGAGCUGCAAGCAGCGGGGACUCCUCUGGCUCGCCGCGUUCUUAUUGGUCAGAUUCAAUGUGACGUUGCUAAAGAUUCUCAGCAGGGAGUUCCGCUUGACGCCCGCUUCCGUCGUCUGCUGUUGCGCCGCUUACACACGAAUUAUGCGAAAAGUAUUCCGUUGAUCGGGAUGGGACUUUCGGAGUCAUGGUCAGUGAAGGAUGGGGAAUCUCAUGUCACUGUGGUUUCGGAAUCGAUCUGUGGUCGAUGCGACUGUCCCUUUAAAAAGACGCGAAGCUAUGUGACGUCGCACUGGCUUGGGAAAGCAGCGAUCAGAACUCGUGGCGGGAAGCAGGGAACAUAGCAGGACAACUUCUGGCAACACUACACGUCACCAUUACGCAAGUCGGCUUCACCUAACGCCUGUGUGCUUUAGGUGAAGCUCGCUUUCGAACACUGUCGCGCAGCUCGCGGGUGGAAAGCCUGUGCUAGGCCUUUUGAAUCAUCUCGCGAAUUUGAGCAGCAUUGGCCAAAUACGGAGACAAAAAGGCGUUACCACCUACUUUUUUCACUGGCAGUAUUGGAAAAUGAACAGUCGAUGUCUAUUUUCUUUCCUCAAUUUUUAUUUUGGUUUAAUUCUUUUGAUGUGAAUUUCGGACUAUACGAAUUUUUUCCGCUACCCCGUGAUAUUCGUAUCAUCGAGAUUCUACUGUAUCUUAUCGCGGCGAGGUUACGCGCACGGGACAGCGCCCAACAUCGUUAUACGAGUACUUGGAACCGCGGUCUCCAUCGCUAUACGCGGGUCGUUUCCCCAUAGAAACAAUGUAUAUUUUGACGGUAAAAUCAUGAACAAUCGUUUUACGAGGGAUAUCGUUAUACGCGGGUUUUACUGUACUGUUCUGGGACACAACCAGGUGGUGGUUACCGAACGAGGUACGCUAGCCAAAUUGACUGUUAAAAUGGAGAUACACAAAGCCUUAUUUAUGUGAACAGGACACUAUAGUUUUUGGUAGAAUAUUCUGGUCCUGCUUUUCCCUGUUCAGCAGCAGAUGACUUGACAUGUCUACAUAUACAUACUAGCUUUUCUGAAAAAAAAACAUUGAGUGUUUGUAUCUGUGCAAGUGUAGUUAAAAUUAUGUUUACAUGUUCUGUUUGCCUUCAACACUCCAGCAAUGACUUUGUAACACUGAUCAGUGGUUUAUCCGGAAUCCCAAGCACGGAGAGUGUUGGAAAAAAUGGGGGGGGGGGUCAUUAUUAUAGUUACGUCAUUACAGCUUAACAUAUCAUUACCGAUGUGUGUCUAAAGCUGAAAUCGCAAGGGCACACCCUGUAGGGGGUACACAGGUGAAAAAGUUAGGGGGUGUCACUGAACAUUUGUUGGGGGGUGUAGGGGGGGCUUGGGUAAAUCACUGAUCACUGACGAUCCUUGCUUACGUUGUUGUGUACAGUGACUUUAAAAAAGAAAAAACCCUCGCAACAAGGUUUUUAGCAUAUGGUUGUCACAGUAUUUAUGAUGAAUAAAUAAAGCCCUACUUGUAAGUUGGACAUCCCCCAGUU